UCAGAGGCAGAGAAGGAGGAGGAGGGCGGCUGGUUCCGGGGCGGAGGCUGGGGCCUGGCGGUGCUGCUGCGCGAUCGGGGGGCAAGGAUGCUGGCGCUCUUCACCAAGCUGCUGGACUGGUUCCGGGCGCUGUUCUGGAAGGAGGAGAUGGAGCUGACCCUGGUGGGGCUGCAGUACUCCGGCAAGACCACCUUCGUCAACGUCAUCGCGUCGGGGCAGUUCAAUGAAGAUAUGAUUCCAACGGUGGGCUUUAAUAUGAGGAAAAUCACCAAGGGGAAUGUCACCAUAAAGCUCUGGGACAUUGGGGGCCAGCCUCGUUUUCGUAGCAUGUGGGAGCGGUACUGCCGUGGAGUCAGUGCCAUAGUAUAUAUGGUUGAUGCUGCAGACCUGGAGAAGAUUGAAGCCUCAAAGAAUGAACUUCACAAUCUGCUUGAUAAGCCACAGCUCCAGGGUAUUCCUGUCCUAGUUCUUGGGAACAAGCGAGAUCUCCCUGGUGCCUUGGAUGAGAAGGAGCUCAUUGAGAAGAUGAACCUAUCUGCCAUCCAGGACCGAGAGAUCUGUUGCUAUUCAAUCUCUUGCAAAGAAAAGGACAACAUUGACAUCACCCUACAGUGGCUUAUUCAGCACUCAAAGUCCCGGCGAAGCUGAGAGCUCUUUGGCCAGAUCUUGGAUCGGGAAGAUGCCAUUGUAAAAGCCCAAACGCACCUCCUCCUUCCUCUUUCCCCCAUCUCCUGCUCUUUCCAUCCCUCUUGCCCACCUUCCUUUCCAUAGAUGGGUAUUUUUAGGGGACCCCAGACUCCUCUUCUGCUGAGAUUGAACUCCUGUUUUUAUUGUAAAGAAACUGUCUGCCCCUCUCCCUUUGCUCCUUACUCUGGUUUUGGCACUGUUCUGUUGUUGUUGGUGUGUGUACAGUAUAUAUAUAUAUAUGUAUAUAUAUUUUAAUUUUUUAAUUUAAGCAAUUAACGCUGUUACUAAAAGGGGCCUGUGAGCUAUCAAAGGGGCAGUGACAAACAAGGUGUGGCAGGGAACUAUCAAACACAGUAUUGGGAGUGUCACAAGCAGCCACAGGGCAGUUGGGCCCUUGCUGGGAAUGGAGCAUGGCUUUGGACCCAAGAGACCUCCUCCCUUUCUCUCUUCCCUUUCUCCCUCUGUGUCAGAAUCUAAUGCUGUCUGCCCUCUCUGCUUCUUUCUCUGCUGCUCCAAGCUGCGCAGUGGUACGGGUGUAGGAUGAGCCUCUGGAAAAGGCUUAUAGAGCAGUAUUGUUCACAUUUAGUCUUCUGGUCUGAGGCUUUAGAGGCGAGUCAGUGCCAUCUCAUUCCCCCUGCCCCCAAACCCUGGGUCAGUUAAAAAGCAACUCUAUGGUUUUUCAACCAGCAGGAUGUUAAGUUCACACUAUAUGAGCUUUGUCUCCCUCUCAGCUAGUUCCUGAGAUACCUGUGUAUCCUCAGCUGCCACUGUCCUGCACCAACCCAUAUCUGAUACAGAUUGGGACUCUCAGUUUUUGCAAGCCUGUUUGCUAGUCUCCCUUCCCUUUGAAGCUGGAGUCUUUCUGUAGUUAUGGGAUCAGCGCCUAAGCAGAAGUACAGAGUGGGAUAUAUACACACACAAACAAAAUGGUUGUGUAGAGGCACAAUCUUGGCCUAGUUUGUUUUGUGUGCUGCCAAAGAAAUCAGAUCUGAAGUGCCAGGGCUCAUGAAGACUCUGUUCCAAGGCCUUCCCUUCACAAAAAUCCCGGUGUGGAUUUUUCAGCUUAUGUGGGGUGGACAGGUUCUCCGGGAUGCUCACUUCAGAUCUUGGACUCCUUUGAUGUGUAUUAUAGAGCAGAAAUGACAGGAGAUGGAGAUGAUACUAUGUCCAGUUUGCAAGUGUUUUCACAGCCCAUAGCCUGGUCUCUUUAAGAGCAAUGACUGCAAGUUGGUGUGAGGCCUUUUUGGUUCUACGUUAAUAUAGUUGAACAGGAUCAGGGGGAUCUUGACCUUUUGUGUGUGCACACAAGUUUGCUUGAUAAAUUUGUGCUUCACUGUGUGCUGGACAAAGCAGGACCAGAGUUUCUAGCUAAUGGCAGUGGUAGGAAGCGGGGAAGAGGAUAUUCCUGAACGGGGGGUUACAUGCAGGCUGGCAGAGCUGGCCAGUGUCGUGUGUUAGCUGUCUACUCAACCUUGAGAUUUCCAGGAACUGCAGCAGGGUAUGUAGGAAGGGGGCUAUGUGAAGACUUAUCAGGCUUCAUGUGUUAGCCCCUUUGUCUCCCUGUUAAGGGCAGCUGAUUAUAGGCCACAGGGGCCCCAUGUCUUCCCCUGCCCUGCUAAAGCAAUGGACAGAUGUGAAACUGCACAGCCCUUCCUGCCCUUGCCUGGCCUUUUCCUGUGCAGAGUUGCUUCUGAGGUGGGGGGGGGAGGCUUUCUAAUUGCAUCUUUUCUUCCCACCCUUCCUGUUCUCGUUUUCACAGAAUUGCACAAGGAGAUAUUUUACUUUUUUUAAUUUAAUGAACUGUAAAGUGUCAUUUAUUCCUUUUUUAAAAUAUAUUUUGGCUCAUAUUUUGACCUUCUCUGUUGGGAAAUGAAUCUUGUAACAGUACUUUUUUUUUGCCUCCUAAUAACAAUAAAUUAACAAUUUUGUGUUGGU